AGCAAGAGCAAUAGACGUUCCUCCACGUGCGCAGCGUGCACACAAGUACGUCGCUUUUUUUAAGUUUUUUUUUCGUGUCCAGAGUACACACGCACACGCAGUCGGCACAUCUCCCCUAGUCGCGUUUCUCAGCUACGAGGAACAACACCAACAUCAACGCAACCGUAAGGGCAGCUUUUUUCUUCCUCUACUGCUGCUCACACGUUCGCUUGUCUAUUUGUGCUUUCGUUUCUUUUGCUAGACAACUGCUGCAUAAAAGGGUGAAGUCGAUGCUUUAUUAUUAUCAAUCGUUUACAUCUCAUUUUCCCCGCGUUAUCGUCGUUUUAUCGCUGCUCGUCGCCCUUUCGGCGGCGUUGAAAAUCUGAACUCCCUCACUCCCCCUGCCCUUUUCGCUUCGCUUUUCUCGUGUCCUGGCGAGAGACACUUACGCUUUCUUUAUCCUGUCGAAUAUUCAUUUUUCUGUUAUUAUUAUUAUUUUCCACUCGCCGACAAGGAGUUCUUAAAAGUUCUAAGAGGUAAACUGCACUUUGGUCACGCGUCACGAUUCGGCUUCUUUUCUCUGGAAAAAAAAACACGAUUCUUUACGUUGUCAACCGCUGGUGAUUCAUAUUGGUUUGUCACCAUGAGCGGAUCACUUCUCCAUCGUGCCCCUUCUCAUCAGCCCCCACCGCCUCCUGCGUCGAAGUCGCGCAGCCGCGGCAGCUGCCACGAUGACGGCGUGCCGAAUCUUCACUUAAGCGCUGCUCAUUACAGCGCUGGCGACGUCGUGGAGGUGGAGGUGACGCACUACGAUCCUCCCCGUGAAAGUGUCCUAUCGACGCAUCGUCCCCUUGCGAGCACCACCGCACCGUUUUCGUCGACCUCUUACGCGGCAUACCGACCGUCCAACGUCCAGCGCAGCCGUUUGGAAGCGGACGAGGAGCCGCUGCAGGACUCGAUGUCUUUUUCUGAGGCGACGGCGUCGCUGGAGGGCAACGGCUUGUGGCACGCACAUCCGCAGGAGGAUUUGCGCGACAGUGUGGAGUCGUCAGUUGUCUUCGACGGGCGAGACAACGAUGUGGACGAGGUCAACAAUGCCGACGUGACCAGCACAUCGUUUUGCGAACCGACGUCGGAAGAUGUAAACUAUGAUGGUCCAGUGAGCAGCGCAGGUCAGAGCUCGAUGUUGUACGAAGACAGAGACGACGAAGGAGGAGAUGGCGGAAACGGCUCGAGAAGCUUGCAGCGAUGCCCGUAUGAUCGCACCGCCGCCCCACGCGAUAUCCCUAGCCCACUCCAUGUUGCGGCUCACUGCCCGUUACGCCUUGAAGGGCAGCCGGAGCGCACGAGCCGUAAGCUGGAGUACUCCGCUUCCGUCGUGCUGACCUCUCUCUCAGAGGCGUCUGCGCGAGGAGUCAAAGGGAGGACAAUGAAGUCGAGCAACGCAUUGUGUCCUCCUGCGUUUGACGGCGACGAAGGUGUAGAGGAAAAUGCCUCCUCACCACAGUUGCGUCACGGCGUCACGACGAACGGGGUCAGCACGAGGCACGAUGCUGCUGCUGAUGUAUGGUCGCAUCCCCGGCGUAUGGCAUCCCUCAUUGCACCGCUGUCCGCAGAAGACGAAGAGGAUGCAUCGGAGAGCCACACUCAGGGAGUGAUCUGUGGGAUAGCGAAAGCAAACGCGAAAAGCAACAGCAGGAGCAGCAGCAGCAGCGACGGGGUGGCGGCGCAGCUGGGCACAGAAAAGCCGCGGAACGCCUCCGCCGAUGUCACACCCCGCUCCGAGCUGCACCGCGCCGACGCGGAAAUGGAGAGCGCGAUGAAGGAGAUGGCGGCUCGACUGCGCAGUCACGAUGUGAGUGGACGACACACCAUCAUCGAUGGUGACGGUGGCAGAGGGGCUGAUGAGCGCAUCAGUGGGGCUGUGAGGAGCAAGGAGAACUCGCCCUCAACGCCGCGCUCCUCGUCAACGGCAUCGUCGUCACCACGCCGCUUUCAUGGACCACCACAACACAAGUUGGACCGGCCGCUUCUGUCCGAGACGCCUGACGAGCCGCACCUCAAACACGAACGGGGCGUUGCAGCCGACGACUUGAUCGACGACCCCGCAGACACGAAGAGUGGCGGCGGUGACGCCGCAGAUCUCGUUCAAAGCGUUCGGGAUGUCUCCGUCGGCAGUGUCGCGGACGGUGUGCUCUUUCGGCACCGCACUGCCAUCGAAAGCCCCAAUGUAUCGGAGGGAGCUGCGGAGGGAGAUGCCACUCCAUCGGCGUACACGUUUUUCUCGUCGCAGCUGCCUCCAGCGGUGGACCGGCGUGCGGAAAUUCACAAGCUGGCGAAGAUCAUGCGAGCAGCCGAGGUGCCCACAGUCGCCACAUCGCCAGGUCUCCAGCCACCACCGCCACGCCGCGGCACGCUCCUCACAUCGCCCCUCACCGCCCCACCACCACCGCCACCAACCGCUUCUCGAGACGAUUCUUCGCCGUUGGAAGAGGCCGCAGCGACAGCGGCAACGACGCCAGUGUUGUAUCCACCGCCCAUCACGUCCACCUUCGCUGUGCAACAAGCGACGUCUCCAUUUUCCUCGCAGCAGCGCGUACUCCCCGGCGUCUUGCUGGCAGGCGCAGCUGCCUCAACAGCGGUGACGGGCAUGCACGUAAAUCACGGCAUCAGCAGCACCAACACCGCCGUCACCGAGGCAACCACGAGCGUUGGGGAAGAGGCGGCAAUUCCUCUACCGGCUGGGCAGACGACCUCCUCGGCAGAGGAGACAGCCGAACUCCAUCUCUCCUCUGCCGUGUCGCUCACGACGCCCCCCUCUCAUCGCCAACGGCGGCCGCCGCGCAUGCUGUGCCCGCCCACGCCGUCGCCAUCUCAACCACGCGCAGAUGAUGACGCGGAGGCGCUGCCGCCAAGGCACAACGACGAUCCUGUUGGAUGCGGUGAGCAGCACGAUGGCCUGGAUGCGGCACAGGUGGACGCCUCACCACAGCGCUGCAGCAACGAGGCGGUGGAAGCUGACGUCAUGCCUGUUGUGGUGCCCCAUUCCGCCUGCGCGGUGAUCACCUUGGCGGGACUGAUUCCUCCCUUCACGAGGAACAGCAACCAUUCUGCGUGUCCCCCAGAUACCCGACGCGCGCGGUCGUCCUCUGCUUCUGUCUCUGCUGGAGUCGACGCAGCGACCGUUGAAGACGGCGGCGACUUCACGGCGAGUGUGUUGGCGGUGUCGAAGGACGAGGAGAAGAACGAGUUCCACGCGCCUUCUGUGUCGGGUGAUGGAUCGAGCGCGUCUGCCCACGCUGCGGAAAACGGCGUGCCUGUACCGCCUUCGCCCAAAGAUCAACGACGGCCGUCUUCUUCAUCGCAGCGGCGGUCACCAGUUGGGGAGAGGGCGGAGGAAAUAGAAGAAAAAACUGUUCGUGGAGUUCCUGCACCAGCGACGGAGCACUACAGCCCAGACACAGAAGCGCAGCGAGGUGAUACGAAGCCCAGUGGCACCAACACAAUGGCUUCACCAAAUGUCCACAGUGCUGCUGCUGUUGUAGAGGGCGACUCUUUAUCGCGGCUUGCGAGUCAAGAGAACGAAGUGGGCGAGAGCAUAAGCGGCAAAGCGUCACCGCCGGUCCUUUCGACCAGUCAACCCGCACGCCACCGACAGCAGUCCAAGUCCAUUGUUUCGUACACGUCAUCGCCGCUGCCGAUGCGUCCGACUAGCACGUCGGAUGCCUCAAACGAGGACGAUGAUGAGGCACACUUGGCGUACGACGUGAUUGAUGGUGUGCAUGACGCAGCACCGGCUGCAGCAUUGAACGGUAAUGGUUCUUCCUGGAAAGGUACAGCCUUCAGUGUUGAUUUGUUUGCCGAAGGAGAUGGCGAUGAAGUUGACGAGGACGAUGAGCAGACCUCUAUGGAGGAGAUGCUGCAACGUGCGGAGGGCAAGAAUGCGGUGCUGCGGCUUGAAUUGGCAGCCGCGACGAACCGCGCCACCGCCACGGAGGACGCGCUGCGGAUGAGAGACGAGGAGUGUGUGGAGUUGCACGCGUUGGUGGAUCAGCUGCAGGCGGAGCUCGCCGCGCUGCGGGAGGCUGCCGUUUCCUCCGCCUCUUCUUCUCCUUCCGCUGCUGUUGAUGCAGCACCGAAUUCUACACGUGCGGAUGCUGAAGUGCAAGCGACGGCGGAAUAUGAAAAGCGACAGUCGUGCGCAACGUUGGUCAGUCCUGCCGACGAUCAGCCCACCACUCCCAUCACCACCGCACCCGCAACCGCACAAGAGAUUCGUGCGGGUGAUACUGGUGAUGCUGUCCGCAACAGCUCCGAUGAGAGGCAGCGACGGUAUGAUACGGUAGUGCUGGAACUGGCGGAGGUGAAGGGCUUGAUGGCGGAGCAGCUUGCUGUGUUGGACCGCCUCGGACUGUACCCGCCCUUCACUGAGGACGUUGUAGCCGCAGCGCAGCGCCGCCUGCGUCACGUGAAGGUGGUAAAUACUCCAAUGAAAGUUGAAGAGACGGUGACGACGACGAAGACGGAGACCCCUGAUGGCGGCGAUCCACCAUUGGGUGUAGUUCCUCAGACGAAGGUGCGCGUGGGGGACAAAAACACUGUUUUGUCACUGCUGGCGCAACGCAAGCAACAGCAGCAGCAGUAUCAGCAAGGCACGAGUGGACAGAGGGGUCUAAAACCACCCGUGGUGAUGGCAAAGCUGCGCGCUGACAAUACACGAACCGUUGCGAAUGCCAAAGAGAACCUCCUCUCUUCGUAG